GGCUCGCGGUGGCAAGUCGGAAGCGUUCGCACCAGCGAGGCAGCGGCCCGGCGGCGGCGGCGGCGGCGGCGGCGGCGGCGGCGGCGGCCACGGCCACGGGCAGGACGGAGCGGGCAGGGCCGGCCGGGGAAGGCUGCGGUCCCCUCGCGCACGGCGAGCCGGCCGGAGAGCGCGAUCCCGCUGCGGAGCCCCGACGCUGCCCUGCCCCGGAUUUUGGUGCGCGGCGGGGGGCUCGGCGAGCGGAAUUCCGGCGGCAGCUGCGACUCCGGUGCAAAUUGGAAGGAAGACUGAUGCAGAAAAAUACCAACAUGGUUCAGGCACAUCACUGAGAUUUUGGGGGUUGCACGAAAGCGUCUGGUUGGGCGAGUUCUGAAAGAAGAGACAAGACCCUGCCCGAGGAAGCCUACCCGAGAGUAACUGCAAGGAGCCUGUCAGUAGCUGCAGAACAGCAGCAGUUGGAGGCAAGGAGUCUGGAUUUGAAGGGGUCUAAGCCAUCAUUGCAGUUGGAGCCGUGAAUUUAACAGGCUACCAUACUUGCAUCAGCCUGGAAACUGAGGCUUGGAAGGAUUCGGUAGCCCGGCAGAGAGCACCCUGCCGGUGUGCAUCAGGAGUGGCGUUCAAGCCUGUUGGUCAAGCCCGUAUCCGACCCUUCUCCACUGUCCGUGGUUUUGAGAGCCUUCCGUGCCAAGCGACCAGCAUACAGAGCUCUUGCUAGCCGGUGAUGGAAAUGUACUGGCAUGAUGGGAGAAGCUGGUAACUUAUAGGAAGCCAAGAUGACAAGAAUUUUCUUAAAUAAUCAAAGGAAGACCCCCGGUGCACCAUGAGGUGAGCGCGCUCGGGCACCCAGAGCCCCGGAGAGCUGCGUGCGGGCUGCGGGAGCGGCUCCGCGCGUCUGGCCUCGCACGUCCCCGGCAUGAGGCCGGGCAGCAUGGGCGCGCCGCCGCGGGACCGCUGACCCCCGCCCGCCGGGACCAUGAAGGAGGUGGCGCACUGGUCCCCCAGGAAGGUGGCAGACUGGCUGCUGGAGCACGCCAUGCCCGAGUACUGUGAGCCCCUGGAGCACUUCACGGGCCGGGACCUGAUCGGCCUGACCCGGGAGGACUUCGCGCGGCCGCCCCUGUGCCGCGUGUCGGCCGACAGCGGGCAGCGGCUCCUGGACAUGAUCGAGACCCUGAAGGUGGAGCAGCACAUGGAGGCGCACAAGAACGGCCACGCCAACGGGCACCUGGGCGCAGGCGCGGCCGGCCCCGGCCUCCAGGCCACGCCCAACGGGGUGCCUAACGGCUACCGGAAGGAGAUGAUCAAGAUCCCCAUGCCCGAGCCCGAGCGCUCCCAGUACCCCAUGGAGUGGGGCAAGACCUGCCUGGCCUUCCUGUACGCACUCUCCUGCUUCGUCCUCACCACGGUGAUGAUCUCGGUCGUCCACGAGCGAGUGCCUCCCAAGGAGGUGCAGCCCCCGCUACCGGACACGUUUUUUGACCAUUUUAACCGCGUGCAGUGGGCCUUUUCUAUCUGUGAGAUUAACGGCAUGAUCCUCGUAGGACUCUGGUUAAUUCAGUGGCUGCUCUUAAAAUACAAGUCUAUCAUUAGCAGAAGAUUUUUCUGCAUAGUCGGCACGCUGUACCUCUACCGCUGUAUCACAAUGUAUGUAACCACGCUCCCGGUGCCCGGUAUGCAUUUCAACUGCUCUCCGAAGCUGUUCGGAGACUGGGAAGCACAAGUGCGGAGGAUAAUGAAGCUCAUUGCCGGUGGCGGCCUGUCCAUCACCGGCUCUCACAACAUGUGCGGGGACUACCUGUACAGCGGCCACACGGUCAUGCUCACGCUCACUUACCUAUUUAUCAAAGAGUAUUCCCCUCGACGACUGUGGUGGUACCACUGGGUUUGCUGGCUCCUCAGCGUGGUUGGGAUCUUCUGUAUUCUCUUAGCGCAUGACCACUACACUGUGGACGUGGUGGUGGCGUAUUACAUCACCACAAGACUCUUCUGGUGGUACCACACCAUGGCCAAUCAGCAAGUGCUCAAAGAAGCUUCCCAGAUGAACCUCCUGGCUAGGGUGUGGUGGUAUAGGCCAUUUCAGUACUUUGAAAAGAAUGUCCAAGGAAUCGUACCUCGAUCUUACCACUGGCCCUUCCCCUGGCCGGUGGUCCACCUCGGGAGGCAGGUGAAAUACAGCCGCUUGGUGAACGACACAUAACGGCCGCACCAAGUGGGGGACGAGGACCCUUUCCAAGUGCUGAGAACUCCAGUGAGAGCAGACGCCAUAAACAGACGACCCCGUUAUCUUUCAGCCGUUUCCUUGACUUAACCUAUUGAGUUACCUGGUCAGCACUGUGAUCUUUUUUUCUCUCCAAAGGACCUGCGUGGGACAACAAUAAAGAAAACGUAACCUAUCAUGCACUGCACACAUUUCCUGUUCGUGAGUCCGGGGUUCCGCAUAAGCUGCAUCACCACGUUCCUUUGUAUACGAUGCAACAGCAUAAAUGUAAGCUUUUCUAUCAUCAGUUCUGGUCUUUCCAGUCACAUCUGGAAAAUAAAGCGUAUUAUUUUCUUGGGAAAACAUACUUUUCAUAUCUCUUGCCCCAAAGAUUGGGCUGUAAGCCAUUUUCUAGCAAAUGUCUCUAUGAAGGUUUCUAAGUACCUGAAUGGGGUUCGAUUCUGAAAUCUUUCUACCUGUCGCACCGCUAUUCAAAUAAAAAAUGACAGACACAGAAAGGUGUGGUAACUUUGGGUUUUGUAAAAAGCAGAGAGAGUGUGUCAAAAAGUGCAAAAAAAAAAAAAAAAAGAUUCUGUUAUAAAGUGAUUUUCUAAGUAUUUCCUAACUUUAUUUUUCAAAAUGAUGUUAUGAAAACCAAAUUUCAAGAUUUUUACAUGUCAGAGAGAAGAGAGUUAAAAUUAAAAAAAAAAUGCUUCUUGGGAGAGAAAUUUGUCUAUGUUUCUAGUGCCUUUCUUGUCUUGAUUGUAUGGUCAGUAGGCAAUCUUAAAUGUUUUUAUUUAAAAUAAAAUAUUCCAUGAAAAUAUAAAUGUAUGUAUACACUACUAAAUUUUGCAUUUAUAGCUAAAUUAAAUCUGAAGACUGCUUAUGGUUUUUAAAUUGCUAUGAAUUAACGAAUGGGGGAGUUAAUUAGAAAAUCAGAGCCCUGUUCCCAUAUUGUGAGCAGGUGGCAAUGACAUGUACCACUUAAAUUAUUUUAUCAUCUAUUUGGUGGUUCGAUUUUAACUAUACAGUGAAAACAGCCAUGAAUACUUUGUUUUUAAAAAGAGAGUUUUGAAAAUGAUCACUUAACUAAAACUUGAAAGCUAUAAAUUAGUUAUCCAUACUCUGAUGACAAUUUUGUUGGUGAACAACAAAACAGAGAUCUAUUUCUUUAAAAUAUAUUUGUGCAGAAACUGCAUGUAUCUCUAAGUUUUACUCCUAACAGAAGUAUGUUUGGGGAAGUAUUCUAUUCCAUACUUGCCAAUGUGGAGAACAAAAUAGUUUUUUAAGAAUGAAGAAGUAUAUAUAUCCAUUCUGUAUUUUACGUGCAGCAGAAUUAUCUUCCGUAGGGUUUUUUUUUUUUUUCCUGUGUAUUCACAAGGUGAUAUUUGUAUUGUAAAACAAUAAUGGUGAAGGAAAUAAAAAGGCUUUUAAAAUUUUGUUUGUUUUAAAUAUUUGUAAAGUUAUUAUUAUUCCAGAGAGUAUACUGAUAUCUUAACAGCUUACCUAGACCAUAAAUUAAUCAAAAUGCACUUUUUAAUAAAACCUGAUACUUAAAACAUAAA